CAUGCUGAUUGUGUUAAUUGUUUUACAGGAGAUAAACUUGAGCCACUGUAUGCCCCUAUCAGACACAAACUGGGAAAUGCUCUCACAAACUGGCAUCCUUCAGACAGUUCAGCCAAGGUGAUCUUGAAGCCGUGGCAGGGCGUAUUCCGAGAGGGUCACAUGGAGGUGUUCCUGAGGAAAAACAUCUUACCUAAACUAGAAAUGUGUCUGCAGGAGUUCCCUAUCAAUCCACAUCAACAAACUCUUGAACCCUUGCAUUGGGUGUUAGCCUGGACAGAGUUGAUAUCACUACGCUACAUGGUUCCAUUAUUUGAAAAGUGUUUCUUUUCUCGCUGGCUGCAAGUGCUAUGUACCUGGCUUGGCAACAUGCCAAACUACGACGAGGUAACCAAGUGGUACCUGGGCUGGAAAUCAGUGUUCACAGAGCAAUAUCUUACACAUCCUGUCAUUAAAGAGAUGUUUACGAAGGCUCUUGAUAUGAUGAAUCGUGCAGUGUCUGGCCAUUUCCAACCAGGCGUGAAGGAAAAUAUGGCAUAUUUCACUCACACAGAACGAAGAAAUAUAGCAGAACCAAAUACAUCACGCUCCAGUUCUCCAUCUGUAGGGGGACCACUAGAGCCAAGUUUAAAAAGUACAUCAUCAACUUACCCAGCCAGUUUCAGGGAACUUGUUGAAAGAAAGGCUGAAGAGAACAACCUUGUAUUUAUCCCAAUUCCUGGGAAGACACAUGAAGCCAAACAAGUGUACCGGUGUGGGAAAGUGAGCAUGUAUUUUGACCGGAGCGUGGUGUUUAUGAUGGAUGAAAGCAACCAGUUUAUUCCUGUCUCUUUACAGAAGUUAAUUGAAACAGCGAAAUGAAAUAAAUAAGCUUUGUUUGUUUGGUGAUAGUAAUACAUUCACUCAUGUUAUGUUUAAAAAAGGAAAUGAACUGUGAAAGUUAGAGCACAGAGAAAAAAUAUGUAAAUUGUAACUGUUAGAAGAAUUUCAUACAGAUGUUUUUAAAUGGAUUUAUGUUGCUUCAGAACUUCCAUUUCAGAGUGUCUCACAAUAAGUAUUAAGCAGUUGUCCUCUGUUACUGACAUAUGAUCAAUAAAACAUUUUUCAAAUCUU